CCGGAGUCCAUCCCCGCCUCCUCGGGCCCCGCGGGGCCGACGAGUCCGGAGGGGCUGCCGCGGGAGCCCCUAGGUUUCCCUAGAUGAUAAAUCAUCAUUCCUCUUCCUGCCUGAAGAGUGUCUCUGGAAACCUGGGCCAUGGCAUCGAUAUCGGAGCCUGUUACAUUCAGAGAGUUCUGCCCUUUGUACUAUCUUCUCAAUGCCAUCCCCACAAAGAUCCAGAAGGGUUUCCGCUCUAUCAUGGUCUACCUCACAGCGCUCGAUACCAACCAGGACUACAUCGCAGUGGGCAGCAGCAUUGGCAUGCUCUAUCUGUACUGCAGGCACCUCAGCCAGAUGAAGAAGUACAACUUUGAGGGGAAAACAGAAUCCAUCACUGUCGUGAAGUUGCUGAGCUGCUUUGAUGACCUUGUGGCAGCAGGCACAGCCUCUGGGAGAGUUGCGGUUUUUCAACUUGUGUCUUCAUUGCCAGGGAGAAAUAAACAGCUUCGGAGGUUUGAUGUCACUGGUAUUCACAAAAAUAGCAUUACUGCUCUGGCUUGGAGCCCCAAUGGAAUGAAAUUGUUCUCUGGAGAUGACAAAGGGAAAAUUGUCUAUUCUUCUCUGGAUCUAGACCAGGGCACCUGCAACUCCCAGCUGGUGCUGGAGGAGCCGUCCUCCAUCGUGCAGCUGGACUACAGUCAGAAGGUGCUGCUCAUCUCCACCUUGCAGAGAAGCCUGCUCUUCUACACUGAAGAGAAGUCUGUCAGGCAGAUUGGAACACAGGCAAGGAAAAGUACUGGGAAAUUUGGUGCUUGUUUUAUACCAGGAUUGUGUAAGCAGAGUGAUCUAACUCUGUAUGCCUCUCGGCCUGGUCUCCGGCUGUGGAAGGCUGAUGUCCAUGGGACUGUUCAAGCCACAUUCAUCUUAAAGGACGUCUUUGCUGGGGGAGUUGCACCUUUCGAGCUAUACCCACGCCUGGAAUCCUGUGACAGGGGAAGUUACAGCUCCCCUGAGAAACACCUGGGGCUUGUUUCCUGUUUCUUCAGAGAAGGCUGGGUGUUGAGUUGGAAUGAGUACAGCAUCUACCUUCUGGACACCGUCAACCAGGCCACAGUUGCUGGUUUGGAAGGAUCCGGUGAUAUUGUAUCUGUUUCCUGCACAGAAAAUGAAAUAUUUUUCUUAAAGGGAGAUAGGAACAUUAUAAGAAUUUCGAGCAGACCUGAAGGACUAGCAUCAAUAGUGAGAGAUGGUCUGGAGAUAUCAGGAUGCUCGGAGCAUGCCCACAUGCAGCAUCUGGAGAAGCCACUGGGGGCCACAGCUUCCCAGACGAGGCUCAGAGGCUCUUCCGCGGCCAGCUCGGUAGCCAGUGAGCCUCGUAGCAGAAGUAGUUCACUCAACUCCACUGACAGCAGCUUUGGGCUGCUGGCCCCUGGGGGCCAGGUAGUCCCGGAAUCAGGCAAGGGCAACCAACCCUCCUCACAGAGAUUCAGUGUCAUCAGCUCGGAAGACUUUGAGCAGGAGCUUAUUGUGAAACCUAUCAAAGUGAAGAAGAAGAAGAAGAAGAAGAGGACAGAAGGUGGAAGCAGGAAUGCCUGUCACAGUUCCCUUGAAUCGACUCCCUGCUCUGAGUGUCCUGGUGAUAGUCCCCUGUCUUUGAACACCGACCUGCUGUCCUUGACUUCAAGUGUUCUGGGCAGUAGCGUGGAUCAGUUAAGCACAGAGUCUCCUGACCAGGAAAACAGCCUCAGUGCUGAAGUGAACACCAUCCUUCAGGGAAGUACUGACCCUGAAGCAUUUAGUGUCCUGGAAGUGCCUGAGUCUGCCCCUGAUGUGCUGGGUGAAGGAAAUGACUUUAGGACUGAAGUCCCUCCGUGUAACAGUGCACAGGAGACACAUCUGCUUAAUGGGGUACUGGACUUGCCCUUGCUCCCAAGGGAAGAUGUGGAAGAUGGUGAGAUCACAGGCCUCAAAGCAGAGCCUGUUCCUGUGGAGGAUGCCCUGAAGCACGAAGAGACACCCUCCCGAGAACAGGGCAGUGUUGUUGAGGCACUUGAGCUACAAGACAUGGAGGCUGAAGCUCCCCACAGCACUUCUGAAGCCCCUCUCCUGGACUCACCCGUGCUGCAUUCCAUCCCCUGCUGGGCCCCCAGUGCUGAGCAGUGGCUUCCUGGGACUAGAGCUGAUGAAGACUACACUGUAGAGGCCAGCAGCAAAGAGGACAGCCUAACCCACCUGGGAGCUCCUGGCUCCCUUGGCUCACAUCCCUGGCGUGUUGUUACUGAUGAUGACACAGGUCAGAAAGUAACCCCUGCUUCUGAAUGUGACAUGUGGAGGGUGGGAGGACAGUUGACUCCUCUGGUCCCUGCCUUAGUGGCCAGCACUCAUGAGCCUUCUCGGGAUCAAGCUUUGACGUCCAGUGACGAGGAGGACAUCUAUGCUCACGGGCUCCCAUCUUCAUCCUCAGAGACUAGUGUGACAGAGCUCAGAGCCAGUCACUCCCUACAGGACCUGAGCCGGCCAGGUGCAGAUGACGCCACACUGCUCAAGUUGGACCAGUUUGCAGAGAGCUGGAUGGGCUACUCGGGUCCUGGCUAUGGCAUACUCAGCUUGGCGGUCUCCGAGAAGUAUAUUUGGUGCCUGGACUACAAAGGCAGCCUGUUCUGCAGUGCACUGCCAGGCGCUGGGCUGCGCUGGCAGAAGUUUGAAGAUGCGGUCCAGCAGGUGGCGGUCUCCCCUUCAGGAGCCCUUCUCUGGAAAAUUGAGCAGAAAUCUAACCGUGCUUUUGCUUGUGGAAAAGUCACCAUCAAGGGGAAGCGGCACUGGUAUGAAGCCCUGCCCCAGGCAGUGUUUGUGGCCCUGAGUGAUGACACGGCCUGGAUCAUCAGAACCAACGGAGACCUGUACCUACAGACAGGUCUCAGCGUGGAUCGCCCCUGUGCCCGAGCCGUGAAGGUCGACUGUCCUUACCCACUGUCCCAGAUCACAGCCCGGAACAGUGUGGUGUGGGCACUGACAGAACAGAGGGCCCUCCUGUACCGGGAGGGCGUGAGCAGCUUCUGUCCAGAAGGGGAGCAGUGGAAGUGUGACAUUGUCAGUGAAAAGCAAGCUUUGGAGCCUGUCUGCAUAACUCUCGGGGAUCAGCACACCUUGUGGGCUCUGGACAUUCGUGGAAAGCUAUGGUUCAGAACUGGCGUGGUUCCCAAGAAGCCGCAAGGAGAUGACAGCCACUGGUGGCAAGUGAGCAUCACGGACUACGUGGUGUUUGACCAGUGCAGCUUAUUCCAGACGAUUAUCCAGGCCACACACUCGGUGGCCACAGCAGCCCAGGCGCCUGUAGAAAAGGUAGCAGACAAACUGCGCCUGGCAUUUUGGUCUCAGCAGCUUCAGUGCCAGCCCAGCCUGCUGGGAGUUAACCACAGUGGCGUCUGGAUCUGCGCAGGCAAGAAUGAGUUCCACGUGGCCAAAGGAAGUCUCAUAGGCACUUAUUGGAAUAAUGUCGUUCCCCGGGGGACAGCUUCUGCAACCAAAUGGGCCUUUGUGUUGGCUUCUGCUGCUCCCACCAAGGAAGGAAGCUCUUUGUGGCUGUGCCAGAGCAGCAAGGAUCUGUGCAGCAUCAGCACCCAGAGCCCAGAGAGCCGCCCCUCCACAGUGCAGCUGCCCCCCGACGCUGAGAUGAGAGCCUAUGCUGCCUGCCGGGAUGCGCUGUGGGCCUUGGACAGCCUCGGCCAGGUGUUUAUCAGGACGCUAUCCAAGAGCUGCCCCACAGGCAUGCACUGGACAAGGUUGGACCUUUCCCAGCUAGGAGCCAUAAAACUGACGAGCUUGGCAUGUGGAAGUCAGCACAUCUGGGCCUGUGAUUCCAGGGGUGGAGUUUACUUCCGUGUAGGCACCCAGCCUCUGAAUCCCAGUCUGAUGCUCCCAGCCUGGAUCAUGAUUGAACCACCUGUCCAGCCAGCCGGGGUCACCUUGGUCAGCAUCCAUUCCAGUCCCAACGACCAGAUGCUGUGGGCCCUCGACAGCAGGUGGAACGUGCAUGUCCGGACCGGGAUCACCGAGGAGAUGCCUGUGGGGACUGACUGGGAGCACGUGCCUGGGCUGCAGGCCUGCCAGCUGGCACUGAGCACAAGGACCGUGUGGGCCCGCUGUCCAGAUGGUGACCUGGCCCGGCGCUACGGCAUCACAGACAAAAACCCUGCUGGGGACUACUGGAAGAAAAUUCCCGGAAAUGCGUCCUGUUUCACAGUGACCGCGUCUGAUGAGCUGUGGGCAGUGGGCCCCCCAGGCUACCUCCUCCAGCGGCUGACUAAGACAUUCAGCCGUUCACAUGGCACCCAGAAGAACAGUCAGGUGGCCACCACCCACCCUGAGGACCUGGAGGAUGAAUGGGAGGUCAUCUGAAGGAACUCUGGGCAGCCACUCAGGAGGGAGAAUGCCAAGGUUCUUCAGUGGACACUGCUGAUUUCCAAGUCACUCACUCGUCAAUGCCUCAUCAACCCUGCCCAGACACGUCUGUUCUCGUGGACGCCCCACACCUGCCUUCAUCUAUGUUGAUUUCCAUCUCAUUCCAGCACCCAGCGCCUCAGCUGAGUGCCCGGAGCUGUUGCUGUAGCAGCAGCACCUCUGACCUCUUGCCAAAGUCACCUCCAAGCAGGUGCAAUGGCUGUGGCCCCAUUGCAUGCACUAGUUCCCUGUGCUGAGGUCAAAUUCUCCACACUCCAGGUCCUGUUUAUGGGAGACAACGUGGGGAACAGGGCGAGUCUGAACCAGGAUCCAGGGACACCUGUAGCCAGCACAGGCAACAGGGCACCCGGACUGUGUCCACGUGAGUAGUCCUGGGCUCAGUGCAGCUACAGGUCAGUGCCCUCCAACCUCUGGACGUGCCUGGUGAUGGUGUCCUCUUCCUCACAGGGCCCCACUUCCUCCCUGAGAGGCAGGUUCCAUUGCACACUGCCUGCUCCAGGAGGAACUUGGGGCCGUCCGUGUUGGGGAGAGGGCGCUGGCCGUGCAGGCUGAAGACACACACAGGCACACCACGCCUCACUGCUGCCUGCACGGCCAGCGGCAAACGCGCCUCACCAGACAGUGAGGGCUGCUGGGGGCCAGCUAGUGAGCGUCAGGCUCUGUCUCGGGCGGCCUGGCCCAGGAGUACCCUGGUCAGACGCAGGGGAGCUGAGCUGUGGUAGCUAGCUUAGAAAUGUCCUUGGAGUGCUGUCAAAUGCUGCUGGUGGAUGUCACAAAGCCAGAUAUGUCCUCGGAGGACAGAUCUCCAAGUUAUUGCCUUUUUUGUUAUAUUACAAACCUGCAUAAGAUACCUCAUUUGAAAUCAAAUCUUACAAAUUUAGAAGAGAAGUGUAUUUCUGGAGACAAGGGAGGGCCUUCUGUUCCUUCCAGAGGGUUAGCCUGAGCCUGUCCUGUCUUGGCUGGGGCUUCAGAGCAAUGGCCAUCCCCAGAAUGUCCUUGACUGGCAGCCUGGCCUGGUGCCCGGGUAGGUGACACAGUGCCUGCUGUAGAGAGUUGCUGUGGCCUCCUCCUGGUGGUCUUUGUGGUCCACAGGCAUCUUGAGUUUCAGGACGAGGCUGCUCCACCACGUGUCCACCCUGAGCCCGCCCCUGGCAGCUCCCAGCUGGACUCUCGGCUGGCUGCUACCCCACCUUGCCCAGGCUGGGGAGCCCCCACAGGUCUUGGGAAGGACCCCCCGGCAGCCAUGGAGAGGGAGGCUUUUCAAAUCUCAGCAGGAGAUGCUGAAACCCACUUCACUUUUAUAGAGCCCUUUUGUAAGAGUUUGGUGACUGUGGAGGCACCCCCAGGUGGGCUGCUCCUCUUCUGCAUCUGUUGUGCCUUGCCGGCUCCGCCCGGAUGGCAGCGCCCUCCUAAGCCCGUGGGACCUUAGUGCAAUUAAACCCAAGUCUAGUUGAUACUUUUAGACUACUUUUAGCUUCUGUGCUUUGCACAGUUUUAUUUCUGGUUUUAAUUUUAGUUGUGCUUUGAGAUCGUGCAAUAAACUAGACUUUUUCCAAA